CCCUCAGGUGACUCCAGUUGACCAAAAUGCAAGCUGUCAAGAACACUAUUGCCGAAAACUUCGGCGGUCCUUCUCACAAACUCGCGGAAGAGAAGUUCGAUCUAGAUGAUGUGCCCGACUUGAGCGGUAAAGUAGCGGUGGUCACAGGAGGUACAGAAGGUAUCGGCUUCGGCGUUACCCAUACCCUUCUCUCCAAAGGCAUUUCCAAGCUUUUCGUGACUUCGCUCCGCAAGGAGGUCGCCGAUGAUGCCCUCUCUGCUACUGAGGAGGAGUUCGGUCCCGAGACACGCCAGCGCUUCAUCUGGAUCCAAUGUGACCUGUCGGACUGGGAGCAGACUGCUAAAGUGGCAGCUGAGAUUGCUUCGCAGACGGACCGCAUCGACAUCCUUGUCAAUAAUGCCGCCCGGGGCGUCAUGACACGCCAGCUGGCUCCUACCAACGGGAUUGACCUGCACAUGGCAGCCAACCACAUGGGUCACGUUGUGCUGACCUCGCACCUGCUCCCAACGCUGAAGAAGACCGCCGACGCUGGAGACACUGUUCGUAUUGUCAACGUCUCCUCCAAUGUAGAAGGAAGCACGCCCAAGGAUACGGAGUUCGCGUCUGUGGAGGAGUUGAAUCGCGAAUAUAGCCCCACAGAGCUGUAUGGUCGGUCCAAAUUGGCUGUGCUCCUAUAUGCUAAGUGGCUCAACGCCCACCUCCGACCCACACACCCCAAUAUCAUUGUUAAUGCAACUCAUCCGGGGGUCGUCGAUACGGCGCAGACAAAUGUCCAUAUCCAUGAGGCCCAUCCCGUGCUUGGGUAUGGCCUGUCCGCCGGCUUAAAGCCGUUUCGGAAGACCCAGUUCCAAGGGGCCGUGUCCACCAUGUAUGCCGCGACCAUGGCGACCGAAGGUGGACAGUUCAUUAAUCCACCACGAAUCGUGGAAAGAGGCAGUGAUAAGGCCAAUGACAUGGAGUUAGCGGACAGGCUGAUGAAGUUGACAGCUGAGGUGGUGGAGAAGAAAACACGGCCGCACAGUAGCGCCAAGGGUUGUCCGUUUACCGAGGACUAGAUUAGAGUCCAAUAAUUCCCGCGAUUAUUUGGCGGUUUACGUCUUGCCUGCUCAAUUUUGUAGCCUGAAUUGGUAUCAACACACCGCCAUCUCGGGUUUGGUACACGAGGUCGGCCAGAGGUCUUUUCUGAGCGACAGUGAUGUCGACGAAAGUACUCCGACUCGUGUUAAUCUUGUGGAUCUUUCAUCUUAUUUCUAUUCACCAUACUGCAUAUUCUAGUUGUCGACUUCUGCCGUGAAAAUGACCUUGAC